CCGACGGUUCCGAGUUGGAUAGGGACACUCUUCAAGAAAGAAGAGAAAGCGGACAAGGAGGCCGAGAACAAAGAGGGACUUCGAUCAAUGCUUCAUCGUGAGGCUUUAUCAUGGUGUUAAUGUCGGGCAAUUCAAAUCUUCAUUAUCGUCGGAAAAGGAUGCGUGCUUCUUGUCUGUCAGCUUCAGAUAUAAUCAGUGACUUACCAGGCAACAUUAUAGAUAACAUCCUGACAUGCUUGCCAAUUCGAGAUGCUGUCAGGACUAGUAUUUUGUCUAGGAAAUGGAGAUUUAAGUGGCGAGAUCUUUCGCAACUUGUGUUUGACUACAACUUCAGAAAAAGAUCAGCUGGAAGAGCAUCACUCUCAAAAAGUGAAAUCGCUUUUAGGAUUUAUCAAGUCCUCUUACUUCAUCGCGGAUCAAUAAAUAAAUUUGAUCUGUCAAUUCCGGAGCUGGAUAGCUGUCAUCAGAUAAAUCAUGUGAUAAAUUUCUUGACUGCAAAGAAUGUUCAGGAUUUCACUCUCUGUGUCUCAGAUCAUGACUAUUAUGAAUUGCCUUCAACUCUGUUUUCAUGUAUGCAUCUGAGGCAUUUAAACCUAUACUCUUGCAUGUUCAAACCUCCACAUGCAUUCCAGGGGCUUAGCAACCUCAUUAGUCUUGAACUCGAUGAUGUCUAUAUAAUUGAUGCCAAUGCUUUUAAUAAUUUCAUAUCAAAAUGCCCUCAACUUCAACAACUAAAGCUGGACAAUGCAGCUGACAUUGGUCACCUUGAGAUUGAUGCUCCCAAUCUCAAGUUCUUUUGCUUCUCUGGCACUUUUAAGCCUAUUUCUUUCAAAAAUGCCCCCCUUCUCGCGACUGUUAGUAUCCAAUGUGUUGAUAAUGGGAAUGUAAAGUACAGAAAGUGGAAGAGGAGGGGAAACUCUAAUGCAGUUGAGGUUUUGGGUUGUCUACCCGCUAUAAAGAAACUUUUUGUUAGCUGCAGCUUUCUGAAGUACUUGUCUGUAGGCAAUAUACCAUUGAGGCUCCCGACUACUCUCAACCGCCUGAAAUCUCUGGAGCUGCCUGAAAUAUAUUUCAAUUCCAUUGAUGACGUCCGGUUUGCACUUUGCUUGAUUAAAAGCUCUCCUAAUCUGAAGAAGCUUAAAAUUGAGCUUUUCCAAAGCGUGGAUGAUAAUAUAGAUCCCAUACUCCAACUUUUGGAAGCUCAAUUCUGCCGUGGAGACUAUACCUUUAAUCGGCUUCGAGAACUGAGGAUGGAAUGCUUCAGAGGUGCAAUUACUGAAUUGAAGUUUCUCGAACUCUUAUUAGCCAAAUCGUUGACGCUUGAAAAUAUAUACAUUAAACCACCUUUUGGAACUGAACCUCGCAAAUCAUUAAAGAUUUUGAAGGAGGUAACUCAACUUGAACGAGCAUCGCCAAGGGCAAAGAUUAUGUACGUGGAAUUUUGGUGAUUCUAACGAUCUUGAUGAAGACAUAAUAGUGUUUCCAAAGAGUAAAAAGCCAUCCUUUUCACUGCAUUUUUUGAACUCGUUGCCAAAACAUUUAUUUCUAUUUUAAAUAUGUAAGAGAAUUUGUUGUCUUUUGUUUGUUGCUAUUUCCUUAUAUAGAGAAAUCAUUUACA